UCUCUCCUUGUGACAAGUUUAACUUACUGCUAACUAAGUCGCUAUGGCACGUACCAAGCAAACCGCGCGUAAAUCUACCGGUGGUAAAGCUCCACGUAAACAACUUGCUACCAAAGCCGCCCGUAAGAGCGCGCCAGCAACUGGAGGAGUUAAGAAGCCCCAUCGUUACCGUCCUGGUACCGUAGCUCUUCGUGAAAUCCGUCGUUACCAGAAAAGUACGGAGUUGUUGAUCCGUAAAUUACCAUUCCAACGUCUCGUCCGUGAAAUCGCUCAAGACUUUAAGACCGAUCUGCGAUUCCAGAGCUCUGCAGUUAUGGCCCUCCAGGAAGCUAGCGAGGCUUACCUUGUUGGUCUCUUUGAAGAUACUAACCUUUGCGCCAUCCACGCUAAACGUGUCACCAUCAUGCCCAAAGAUAUUCAAUUAGCUCGCCGUAUCCGUGGAGAACGUGCCUAAAUCAUUCACCUCUUUAAAUCCUCAAAAAUAAACGGCCCUUUUCAGGG